UGAUUACCGCGGCGCGCGCAUGUUUCUCUCUCUCGAAUCGUAAUUAAUUUUGAACUUUGUUAUAAAUAAUGGCUUCGAGUGCAGAUUCAAAGUAUACCGAACUAAACGGCGAGAUAUCCUCAUGUCCGUGCAAGAAAUAUAAAAUGGAAAAUAAUAAAGUGACUGUUGUUUUGGGUGCCCAGUGGGGCGACGAAGGCAAAGGAAAAGUUGUGGAUUUAUUGGCUUUAAAUUCUGAUAUCGUUUGCCGCUGCCAGGGAGGCAAUAAUGCUGGGCAUACAGUUGUUGUCAAUGGCAAGGAGUUCGAUUUUCACUUACUGCCGAGUGGAAUCAUCAAUCAGAAAUGCACCUCCGUAAUUGGCAAUGGUGUGGUGAUACAUUUACCUGGUCUCUUCGAGGAAUUGAAGAAAAAUGAACUGAAGGGUAUGGAAGGCUGGAGAGACCGGCUCAUCAUCUCAGAUAGAGCGCAUUUGGUCUUCGAUAUUCACCAGCAGGUAGAUGGUCUUCAAGAAGCAGAAAAAGGGAAGAAUUCUCUAGGGACGACUAAAAAAGGCAUUGGGCCAACCUACUCGUCCAAAGCCAGUCGUAAUGGCAUCAGAAUCGGUGAUCUGCUUGGUGACUUCAGUCUGUUUGAAGAGAAAUUCAGAACGCUCUCAGACAGUUAUAAACGCAUGUUCCCCACGCUGGAGGUAGAUGUCGAAAGCGAGUUGGCCAGGUAUCGCAAGUAUUCAGAACAGAUCAGGCCAAUGGUACGGGACACCGUCUCGUACUUACACAAGGAGAUCGGGAGCGGAAAGAAGGUGCUAGUGGAGGGAGCUAACGCCGCCAUGUUGGAUAUUGACUUUGGCACAUACCCCUAUGUGACGUCAUCCAACUGCAGUAUAGGAGGUGUGUGUACCGGUUUAGGAUUGCCACCAAGCGUUGUCGGCGAUGUGCUAGGAGUGGUAAAGGCGUAUACCACGCGUGUGGGCGACGGACCCUUCCCCACAGAGCUCCAUGAUGAGACAGGCCAGCUAUUGCAGGAGCGAGGUCAUGAGGUUGGGGUGACCACGCGGCGGGUCCGGCGCUGCGGCUGGCUCGAUCUCGUCGUGGUCCGGUACACGGGACUUGUUAAUGGGUACACCUCGUUAUGUCUCACGAAGUUGGACAUUCUGGAUACCCUCAAGGAGAUCAAGAUCGGCGUAGCGUAUAGAUUAAACGGAAAGAAAAUCAAUUAUUUCCCCUCAUCAAUGACUGAGCUGAGCAAAGUCGAGGUGGAGUACGUGACUGUACCAGGAUGGGCGUGCAGUAUUGAAGACGUUCGGGAAAUGGAUAAAUUGCCAGCACAAGCGAGGAAUUAUGUGAAAGUCAUUGAAGACUACCUACAGAUACCUGUUAAAUUCAUCGGUGUCGGUCAAGGUCGGGAGUCCAUCAUCAGCGCAGAUUAACAUCGGCAGAUAUGCGUAACUUUCCGAUAAGAUUAAUGCUGUUAAUUAUGAUACUUAAUAAAGCGCUCUCGGAGCUCGUUAGUUCAAUACGCAGAAGUAAAUCGAAUAUUAUAUGCUUAAUUGCUACCAUCGUAGUAUAAAAAAAAAUAUACUACCCUCAUAUUAUUAGUAUAUUCAUUGAGUCUUAAUACCAAUAAUUUUAUGGUAAAUAAGGUAAGGAGGUAGUGUUACCUAGUCGAAAAGUCGAGAGAGGUAUACCUUAUUUUUUAAAAGACACGGUUAAUUAUGUUAAUAAUAUGUAUACUGAUAUUAUUAAUUUUUAAACUAUAUUGAACUCUAUUGCUUGCGAAAAUUUAAAUUGAUAUCGGUCGGUAGAGUACGAUUAUUGGACAUGCUGUCCGAGUCAUUAGGAGUCUUAUGCAUUUGGGAUAAAGUUCAAUAUACAAAUAAUUAUAUCACAAAGGAUUCCCGUAUAAGCAAUAAAUUGUAUUGAAUCUUAGAAAUCUUUUCUUAAUUAAUUAAAAGGUUUACUUCUGUGUUUAAAUAUAACAAUAACAUUAUUAAUGCUAUUAAUGUUGACAUUAAAUUUAAACAGAAUGUAGGACUAAAAGUAGACUUCAGUUUGGAUUGGUGAAAUAGUGUUAUAGGAUCGGAAAAAGGGUUUUGUUAUUACCUUCACAGUUUGCAAUGUAGCUGAAGUUCGUAGCAAUUAAAUCUAUCAAAAAACCUAAUGAAGAAAUCACGCCCACAUUUGUAUUGGUUGUUGAUUUCAUAGAUAUAGAAGGUAUGGACGCGACUUAACAAUCGAAAUGUAAAAAUGUUCCUAUUAAGGAGUAAGAAUACCAAAGUUAUUUCCUACGUUGCAAAAAUCUACCGCGAAUAUAUUCUCAGUUAGAGAGUACAUGUAACUGACUUAUUACGCCAGACUUGCGUCAUUCCGAGAAAAAGUAUUGUAUGGAAACAUACAAUCAAUUUCAAUGUAUCUCGGCAUUUUUUAAAAACGUUUGCGGACAUUGGUUUUGUAACUCUAAUACAAAUGUGCUAUCCCGUCUUUAGAUUUAGAACAAAGCAAUUUUUGUAUUAAACACUGCAAGCUCUUAUUUUCUAGACACCAUUAGGAGCAAUGGUUGCAUGAAUUCAUUAUACUUUUGUUCUCAUAAGAGAGGUCAACGGCUGAUAUAACUGUGACGAGAGCAUUUUACAAAACAUCUUUCAACAUCUUGUUAUUUUACGGAAGUCGUAUCAAUAGUCAAAAUUUCGCACUGAAUAUUUGUGGUCUCGCGAAUGCUAACUGUAGCGGAAUUAAAUAAAAUUAUAUAAGUUCAUUAAGCGUGAUGAGAAUCGAUUAUUCCAGAUCCCGAUCCGAACUGCAGGUCACUGUUGGUAAACCACGGCAUAUAUGAUCGAAAUGCCAAACGGAAUUGUGCAGAAAAGAAUAUCUUUGGAAUGUUCCGGUUUAAAUAACCAAAAUCAGUAUUGUCCUUAGAUAAAUGUAGACAACGUGUGGGAAGCCUUCCCUUCCUGUUGAUUGUGUUGCUUGUUGCAAAGCGUGCUUUCUUACAUAUACAAUGUAACAAUUAUGUAAUUAUUUGAUUUUAAUAUCCAGACUUAUUGCUAAGCCAUGUUUUUAUAUUAAAUUAUAAAUGUAGAAAAAUAUAAUAACAAUAAUAUUGCAUCAGCGAUGACUUAAUUAUUGUUCCUAAAGUUAUAAAUAUUUAUCCGUGAUCUGUAUUUUUGCUGCUUUACGAAUAAGUACACAAUAUGGAAGGGAAUUUAUAUUACACCAAUAUUUACCUAGUUGUUAUUUUAAAACAACGUAGCUAUAAAUUUUAAGCAUUGUUUUACGCUUAUUGUAAUAUUAUUGGUGCUGAUAUAAAUGAUGUUUCAUUAAUCAUAAUCAAAAUAUAAAUAAAUAUAUUUAUUGUUAUACAGUAAUAAACAAUAAAAUAAUGAUAGUUUAAUAAUGGAAAACUUCACAUGUUUGUACCCUUAUUUCAAGUCUCUUUUUGUAGAAUAUUUAAUUAAAAAUAAUAUUGUAUUAAAUUAUUUUCAUAUUCUUAUCCAUAAAUCGAAUUAUUUUAAAUUGUUUUUAGAAAAGACGACAUUAUUUUGCUUUUUGUUGCACACCUAUUCUAUACGUAUUUAUUCCGAACUCAUUUGAUAUAAUAGCGCCGUUUUCUUUUUAUUCAAUUAUAUAUUAUUUAUUUUGU